ACACAUACACACACACAGCAGCAGCAGCGGAGCAGGACGUGGAUUGUGUCUUGGUUUGGGGGCGAUAUGAGGCGGUCAGCGGGGGUCUGCAGCUCGGGGGAGGAGGCUGGAGAGAGAGGAGAUGCAGUGUUGUGAUUGAUGUCUCUCGCCCUCUCUCGGCAUCAUGCUGUACUUCCAGCUGGUGAUCAUGGCGGGCACCGUCAUGCUGGCGUAUUACUUUGAGUGCACGGACACCUUCAGCGUGCACGUGCAGGGCUUCUUCUGCUACGACACCUCCUACACCAAGCCUUACCUGGGCCCCGAGGACCGCAGCGCUGUGCCCCCGCCCCUGCUGUACGCCCUGGUGGCCGGGCUGCCCACCCUGCUGAUCACGGUCACAGAGACGGUGCUGUUCCUGGUCCAGUACACCUCCAAAGAGUUCGACCGCUCAGAGAAGACGGUGGCCACCGGAGACUGCUGUUACCUCAACCCUCUGGUGCGCAGGACCUUCCGCUUCCUCGGCGUGUACAGCUUCGGGCUCUUCACCGUGGACAUCUUUGUGAACGCGGGUCAGGUGGUGACGGGGAACCUGGCGCCCUACUUCCUGACGGUUUGUAAACCCAACUACACGGCGCUGGGCUGCCAGCAGGCGCUGCGCUACAUCAGCCACCAGGAGGCCUGCAGCGGGAACCAGGAGGACAUCCUGAGGGCCCGCAAGACCUUCCCCUGCAAGGAGGCGGCCCUCAGCCUCUACGCUGCACUGUACCUGGCCAUGUACGUGACGCUCACGGUCCAGGCGAAGGGGUCCCGUCUGGCCAAGCCGGUCCUGUCUCUGGGUCUGGUGUGUCUGGCCUUCCUCACCGGGCUGAACCGGGUCGCAGAGUACCGGAACCACUGGGGGGACGUCAUCGCCGGGUUCAUAAUCGGAGGAGCCAUCGCUAUCUUCCUGGUGGUGUGUGUGGUCCAUAACUUCAAAGGGAAGCUGUUGCUGGGUGAAGAGUCUCCAGAGCAUCAGCCCGGCUCGGCUCUGCUGACCCUGGGCCGGAUGGAGAGUCCUCUGGAGAAGUACAUCGCCUCGCAGAAUCACAUCUCCUUCGCUGAGGUCACAUGACGUGGAGUCGGCCGUGUGGCAGACCCACUGGACGUCCACGCUGUUCACCGUCCAGAACCACUGACGCCAGAGCAGCACUGAACCAGUGUGUGUGUGCGUGUGUGUGUGUGUGCGUGUGUGUGUGUGUGUGUGUUGUCUUCAUCAGGCCCCGCUGUCAUUUGCAGCUUCUUGUGUUCAAUGUGAAAACAUUGAAAAAGAGUAGUUAAUAACCAGCUCCAUCUAUGCACUGAUUCUUAUUCUGUUAUAAUUCAAUGGUACAGAUGUUUACAUUUAAAACGACUUCCUGUACUUCCUGUUUAUGUUGUGACAGUAACAUGUCAACAUGUCAACAUGUCAACAUGGCUGACAUCUAAUCCAUUUGUACAUUACUGAAGCAGCUGCAAGAUAUUAUUCAAUAUUCCAGCCAACGUGACACUCUUUAUUCUGCAUCAGACAAUCACCGCCUGGUGUGCGUGUGUCUGUGUGUGUGUGUCUGUGCGUGCGUGCGUGCGUGCGUGCGUGUGUCUGUGCGUGUGUGUCUGUGCGUGCAUGCGUGUGUCUGUGCAUGUGUGUGUGUCUGUGCGUGCGUGUGUGUGCUUGCGUGUGUGUGUGUGUGUGUGUGUGAAGCUGACACAGGUCGGCGGCCUCACAGGCCUCUCUGAGAUUCAUGGUGUGUGUUAUUAUUCAGAUACACUGCGUUGUGUCCUUGUUCCCUCUCAGAUGUGUGUGUGUUGUUCCCUCAGUGUGAUCAGACAUUAGCUCUAACAGGAGUCACCCUCACACACACAUUAAUGAAUACAUUAACACAUCUGCCCCAGGGAACAGAUUAGAGGUGGGGGUCUUCUGUGUGAGGGUCAGGGUUCAUGGUUUAAAUGUUGAGUUUCAGGAUCUCCUGGACAUCUCUAGACGCCGCGAGGCUCUCGUUUGAAUCUGCAUUCAUUCAUGUUUUGGGCUUUUACCGAGUGUGUGACUAUUGUGUACUACAUGUACACUUUAUACUGUGUGUAUGUGUUCACAGGUGGUCACACUCUUACUCUCGACUUAGUGUUUAUUUGGUGUGCCAGGGUUCGGUGUUUUCUCCUGUGAUCACAGAACGGACCUUCAGCGGCUCCUCUCAGCGUUCAGAUCAAUCAAAGCUUUAACAUUCACACCUUUGGUUCAUGUCGUCAUCUGAAAAGACUGUUUUCAACCCUAACUUUAAAUGUUUUAUACAUAUAUAUAAUAUCUCUGGGUCUACAGACUGCGUCAGUUUAAAACACAUUAGACAGAGCUACUGGUGGAGACCAAAGCAGAGCUAAAAGAGGAUGUUUUAUUUAAACUAAUUUUAGUUGUUCUGCCCCCUGGUGGCCAAAAUUGAAUUAAUGCAGCUUUAACUGGUUUAUUGGAUAUCUUUAAGCUGGUGACGGAUGGAUAUUGUAUAUUUGCAUAGUUUCUGGUGUUUGUAGCAAUAACAUGUCCCAUCAGGAGGGGGAGGGGGGGGGGGCAGUGAAAGGUAUAUUUUUAUAUGAAUCAGCUGCUGAAAACACACUGAAUAUUCAGGACUAAAAGAUGAAACCUGCAGCUCCACUCCGAGUGUAUUUAGAGGAAAUAUAAAUGUAUCCUUAUUUAAUGUUCUGCUAUUUUCCUAUGACUGUGCACUGUGUCCCGCUGGUUCCUCAGAGAGCUUCUUCAUGUCUUUAAUGAGUUAUAUUCAUGUUUUAUACUCUGUUCUGUGGACUGUGGUCUUCUUGUUGGUUCUGUUGAUAUUUUAUAAAUGAUAUUCCUUAUCUGCGGUGUGUUCGUCACACACUUUUACAAACUUUAUAUCUUCCUCCGUCACGUGGUUUAUGUCCUCUUGGAUGUUGUUGCUCUUCUUUGUUUUUAUAUUCUUCUUUAUUUAUUAUCUUCAGUUGUUUUCAACCUGAGUUCAGAUCGUGCCCUUUUACACUGUACAAUAUAAGAUAUUUAAAGCUUUUCAAUAAAAAAUAUUAAACGGGUCAAACAUG